AUGACCAUGGAAAAGUAUGUCCGCCCGUUGAGUUUGGAGGAAAUCAAAUUGGCAACCAAUGAUUUUGACAUGAAAAAUGAAAUUGGCUUUGGAUACAUGGGAGUGAUGUACAAGGCUGUGUUUCCAAACGGUCUGUUGGUUGCAGUCAAGAGGCUACAUAAGUUCGAGAGCUUCGAAAAAGAGUUCUUACUAGAAAUAGACAUUCUAGGAAGAUUGCGGCACAGGAAUUUAGUACAACUGCUAUCUUUUUGCUUUGAAAUGGGGAAGAAAUUUUUGGUGUACAAAUAUAUGUCAAAUGGAACCCUCCAUCAAUGGCUUCACUCUAGGCCACAAGGGGAAGGUAUGAAAAUGGGAUGGAGUUUAAGGUUGAGGAUCGCGGUAGGGGUAGCACGAGGACUUGCAUGGCUGCAUCAUAACGACAUUCUCCGGGUAGCCCAUCUAAAGAUCACUUCACAAUGUAGCUUACUAGACGAUAAGUUUGAGCCCAAGAUAUCAAAUUUUGGGAAUUCAAAUAUACUGAUGAAUACAUGUGGCGCGCUUUCAAGUGGUUGCACUUUUGUGGUUCCACAUUCUAGUCCUAGUCCUUACAAGGACGACGUUUAUAGCUUUGGGAUUUUGUUGCUCGAGUUAGUUUCUGGUAGAGAAAGGCCAUCUGUAGAGACGGAGUCCCUGGGAGAUGAUGUAUGUGAUGGGGAAAUCAAUAUGAUUGAUGAAUUUUUAAUAGGGUGAGGGUUCGAUGAAGAAAUAUAUGAAACACUUAGAAUAGCGGAAUACUGCGUUCAAACACAUCAAGAUGGGGAAAGAAGUAUGCUUGAAGUGUAUAAAUCAAUUCGUGCUAUUGGAAUGUCAAGAGACGAAAUUUCUGAGGAUUCGUGUAUCGAUUUAGAAUGUAACGAGGGAGAUGUUUAGCA